AUGGCGUACUACGGCCUGUACUGGCUCGACGACAAGGGCGCCGGCACGCACUAUACCAUGCGGAGGAACACAGCCUACCUCUACCGAUGCGAGGUCGACCCGAAGCAGAGCCUGUACCUACUCACCAUCGAGACCGUGUCGCCCGUCGAGCUGCGGAUGAAGCGAUCCGUCGUCAUCAUCCUCCAAGUCUUUGGCGUCCCGCGGCCGCUGUGUGAUGUGGUGACUACCUACCUCGUCUGGCUCCUGCGGCACACGGCGCGCACCGCGUCGCGCACCUUUAUCUGGGCCGCCACGGGCUACGUGCGAAGUCGCGAGCACACGGCAGGGGUCUAUACCGACGGAGACGACUCGGGCAACACGUUUGUCGUCAACGGCUUUCUGAGAGAGGCGUUGGGCCUGGCGCACAGCGAGCUGGGCUACGCCAUUGGCGGACAGGUGCCACGACCGGUCAUUGUGUCGCGGUUCGCAGUCACCAUUGUCGAGGAGGGACGUGGGGAGAGUGAGGGUCAUGGUGAGGAGGAGGAGACGCAGGGGCCGCAGGAGCCGCUCAAGACGCCACUCAUGUUGCCCAUGGACGCAUGGCCGUCGCUGGAGGAUUCGCACCGCAGGGACAAGAUGGAAUGA